CACGCCUCCCGGCGUUCUCUCAGCCCCGCUCCCAGCCUGAGCGUGGCUCCUGGCCCCGCCCUUGAGUGGCGCCCCGGAGACCGGCUGCUGGUGGGACUCCCUCCUGCGCGGGCCGAAGUAGGGGCGGAGCCCGGCCUGCAGCUGUGAGGACACAGGCGGCGUCCGGAAGCCGGGGACUCGCGGCCAUGACGGUGCCGGCCCGCUGCUUCUCGCUGCUCCGCGGCCGCCUGGCCCGAGUCCCGGCGCUGGGCCGAAGCGCGGUACCGCCCUUGGGAGUGCUGAGAACUCCCGGACGUGCGUUCCGGGGCUUCCGCAGCAGCGGCGUGAGACAUGAUGCCAUUAUUAUCUCAGGAACUGAAAUGGCCAGACAAAUCCAGAAAGAAAUACAGCGAGGUGUGGAAUCAUGGAUUUCCCUUGGGAACAGAAGACCUCACCUCAGUAUCAUUUUAGUGGGCGAUAAUCCAGCAAGUCAUACAUAUGUCAGGAAGAAAAUUCAAGCUGCCUCUGCUGUAGGUAUCUGUAGUGAGAUCAUUCUAAAACCUAAGGAUGUUUCUCAGGAAGAACUCUUGUAUAUAACCGAUCAAUUGAACAUGGACCCAAGAGUCACUGGCAUAUUGGUUCAGCUGCCACUGCCAGGCCAUGUAGAUGAGCGAACAGUAUGCAAUGGAAUUUCCCCUGAAAAAGAUGUAGAUGGAUUUCAUAUUAUCAAUAUUGGAAGAUUGUGCCUUGAUCAGCAUUCUCUCAUACCUGCCACUGCCAGUGCUGUUUGGGAAAUAAUCAAAAGAACAGGAAUCAAAACAUUUGGGAAGAAUGUGGUUGUAGCUGGAAGAUCGAAGAAUGUAGGAAUGCCCAUAGCCAUGCUCUUACACACUGAUGGAGAACAUGAACGGCCAGGAGGUGAUGCAACUGUGACAAUAGCUCACAGGUAUACUCCCAGAGAACAACUGAAGAUCCAUACUCAGCUGGCUGAUAUUAUCAUAGUAGCUGCAGGUAUUCCAAAAUUGAUUACAUCUGAUAUGGUUAAGGAAGGUGCUGCCGUAAUUGAUGUAGGUAUCAACUACGUCCAUGACCCAGUGACAGGAAAGACAAAAUUAGUUGGAGAUGUGGACUUUGAAGCUGUUAGGAAGGCGGCCAGCUUUAUCACCCCAGUUCCAGGCGGUGUGGGGCCCGUGACUGUGGCGAUGCUUCUGAAGAACACCCUUCUGGCGGCCAGGAAAGUCAUUGACUAGGUCACGUGGAAGAAGAAGGCGAACCGAGGGCAUGCUACCUAUUUAUUUGACAAAGGGCAAAAACCUUUAUAUUUUACUACAAAGCUAUUUAUUUCUACAUUGUAUUUAUUUUUUCAUGGAUGGAAUCAUUGUGGAUCAGACGAUUCACACCACAUGCAUUUCCUGCUAACAGAUUUUGAGUUUUAGAAAAACAAAACAAUUCCAACAAAAACUUUGGUAACAAUUGUUUAUUUUGUGAAAAAUAUUUGUUCAUAAUGUUAAAACAGUCUUGAAGGGCUCAUAAUAAAUGAAUAUAUUUUUGACACAAGUAUCAUACACAGUGUGUUUUUGACAUGUUUUGUUAGCUAGAUGAGCAUCCUUGUAAAAUGUAAUUUAGGUUUUUCCAUAAGCAUGCUCAAUUUUUAUGUAUCUUCUGUUCUACGCUAUAUACUGAAAAACAGCUUGCUUGCUAAAAGAAAGAUAAAAUAUUAAAAGUAAAAUAUCCAUCUCAUGUAUCUCCCAAAAGCAUCCUAUGAGGUAUCCUAAUGAAUAAUGAUACUCUAUCAAGUAAAGAAAAAUAUACAAAGAAGGCAAAAAUGCUACUGAUGAUUUCAAGCCAGUGAUUAUUUCAAAUUAUGGGUGACUACUUGCCACAGUAAAAAGUGUAAUAAUAUGUUGGGUUUACAUGUAAUUUCUUUGUUCUUAUAGGAAAAUAUUUGGACAGUAGCUUCUUUGAGGAAUAAUGGAAAAUCCAAAAACAAAUGAAUAUACAAAAUAAAACUAAAGCUGUAUUUUCCCAUAGAUAUCAGAAAAAUAUGACAUAGUAUGAGUGAAGACUUCAUUAAAGAACAAAUGUUUGUUCAGAAAUUUAAUAGAAAAACAUUUUUUAUUAACCCAAAAUUAACCUUAGGAUAUGACUAAAAAUCUACUGCCUUAUUGAUCACAGUUCUUCCCUCUUCUGUUAUGGCAUUUGUUUCUCAAAAUAGAUGCCAUAUUUGUAAUGGAAUUUGUUAAGAAAUACACAUGAGUGUCAGUUGAAGGCUAUUUGACACUACCCUAGGCACACAAUUAUGUUGUUUUCAUGCCCAAAUCCCAGUACAUUUAUGUACCAAUAACAACUCUUACCCAGUUAUUAGUGUGUACUAUUGAUCAUUGGUGUGAAAAUAGACUAGAUGCUUAUAAUUAAUACUUCAACUGUAUAAUAAAAGCAAUUUAAAGAAUAUUUGUCAUCUUUUUUCUUUAAGAUACAUGUAUUUCUUUUCCAUAUGUUAUCUUAUUUUUUACAGAAUUCUAGAGAAAUGUACAAGUUUCUCAGACAUGGAAGAAAAAGUUCUAUAGCCCAUUACACUAUCAGUCCAGACCAGUCUUUGUCUGAUAACUCUGGCAGAUGUUUAAAAUCAGUGCUCCCAAGCAAACAUUUCAGAAAGGGCCUCUUUAACUUUUAAGGACCCCAAAUUCCCCAAACAAACAAAAUGACCCAAAAUGCUGUAAUGGAAAAGGUGAAGUCUGUAAUUUUUAACUGAUCUCCACCUUCCCAAAGUGAAGCAGGAGUUAUUUUUAGAAGGUUUUUGCCCCAUUUGCUAGGCUAAACUCACGGAGGAGCCAUUCCAGAGACUAAAACACUAAAAAAAAUUAUUCUUGAAUUUGUUAAAAAUGGUAAGGAAGAGUUUUUGAAGACUUAUCAUGGGGUCAAGACUAUUGCAAUACAGGAGAUUGAACUCAAUUCUAAAUAUGGCAGACAGCUGUGGAUUUAUAGCCAAUGAGCAGAAUAAGGGGAUUUGUGGAUAGAGAAUUACUUAGAGAAGCUUGAUUAUAUAUCAAGCAUAGGGGGAUUCUUGCUAAACUAGAAUUCUUAAUAAAGUCAGGCCAGAUAUCAAGGGUGGAAGAUAGGGAACCUAAUCAGAUA